AUGUCAUCACGGCGCAUCGGUCUGGCCACCGCCAGAAGCCUUACAAGACGCAUCCCACAACAACUGGCCGCCUCACCAUCAUUAUGCGCCCGCUGCCAAUGGCACCGCAGCUUCACAGCGACGGCCGCGCCUCUCGCGGCGCGCCCCGAGAAGCCGGCUGCUGGUGCCUCCAUGGACCCUCAGGCCGAGAUUGCCGGCCCGGCCAUCGAGGCACCGCGCAGCUACGGCAAGCGCUUCGACGGCGUCUUCACGCCCAAGCCUCUGCCGCGGCCGAUUGGCAUGCCGCUACCCCCACGACCCGGCGAGAACACGGGCAUCGACAGCCGCACGCGCGAGCAGCGCAAAAAGGACUUUGCCGACUGGGACAAGCACCUGGCACGGCGAAAGGAACUCACUGCUCAACUUUCACGACCAUACUUUCGCGACUGGAAUAACCUCAAGUACCACGACGGCAAAUCCUUCAUUGCCCCGCCGCGGCUCUUCAAGGCCGAAUUCUCCCUCUUCUUCCCCAACCUCUACGGCCAGACGAUCCUCAAGACCGACAAGGAACCCCGCGACACCACGCCGCUCCUCGCCGGGAAGGCGUCCAUCGUGUCCGUCUUUAGCAGCCAGUGGGCCGAGUCCCAGGCCGACAGCUUCACGGCCGCCAAGGCCAACCCGCAGCUGCAGGCCAUCCUCAAGCAGCAUGGCGGCGGCAGCGGCGGUGACGGCCUCGCGCAGGUAGUGCGCGUCAACUACGAGGACAAUGCGGGCAAGGCCUGGCUGGUGCGUCUCUUCAUGGGCUCCCUGCGCAGGCGCUUCCCCGAGCACGAGUGGGACAAGUACUUUCUCGUGCGCCGCGGCAUCACCGACCACAUCCGCGAAUGCAUCGGCCUGCUCAACACAAAGGUCGGCUAUACCUACCUCGUCGACCAGCACUGCCGCGUCCGCUGGGCGGCCAGCGGCAACAGCAACCCCGAGGAGAUGGAGGGCCUGAACCGCGGUCUCGUCAGACUGAGAGCCUGUCCUGGGGAGAAAAGCCAUGAAGGAUCUCGCCGAGAAGCGAGGAACCGACAAGGUCGAGGCAUCAACAUAAACCCACAGCAUGUAAAAAAAGGCAUUGUACAUUAUAUUAGAAAUAACCCCAAAUAA